CCGAUAUGUGAGCGGCGGGAAGCGGCGUUGCUCGCGCUGCGGGAGGACGCAGGAUGGCGGGAGGACGGCGGGGGCUCGUGGCCCCUCAGAACACGUUCCUGGAGAACAUCGUCCGCAGGUCCAACGAUACCAACUUCGUGCUGGGAAAUGCUCAGAUUGUGGACUGGCCCAUUGUCUACAGUAACGAUGGAUUCUGUAAACUGUCUGGAUACCAUCGGGCCGAGGUCAUGCAGAAGAGCAGCACCUGCAGUUUCAUGUAUGGAGAACUGACGGACAAAGAGACGAGCGAGAAGGUCCGACAGACCUUCGAGAGCUAUGAGAUGAACUCCUUCGAGAUUCUAAUGUACAAGAAAAACCGGAUGCCCGUCUGGUUUUUUGUGAAAAUUGCUCCAAUGGAACGAGCGGACAAGGUGGUUCUGUUCCUCUGCACCUUCAGUGACAUCACAGCCUUCAAACAGCCAAUAGAAGAUGACUCCUCAAAAGGUUGGGGUAUUUCGCGUCUGACUCGUGCGUUGACUAGCAGUCGUGGAGUUCUUCAACAGCUUGCUCCGACCGUUCACAAAGGAGAGAAUGUCCACAAGCAUUCGAGGCUUGCAGAGGUUCUGCAGCUCGGCUCCGAUAUCCUGCCUCAGUACAAACAGGAAACACCCAAAACACCACCACACAUCAUCCUGCAUUACUGCCUGUUCAAGACCACGUGGGACUGGGUCAUCCUCAUCCUCACCUUCUACACCGCCAUCAUGGUGCCCUACAACGUGUCCUUCAAGACCAAGCAGAAUAACGUGACCUGGCUGGUGGUGGACAGCAUCGUGGACGUCAUCUUCCUGGUCGACAUCGUCCUCAACUUCCACACCACCUUCGUGGGUCCGGCUGGCGAGGUCAUCUCUGACCCCAAACUCAUCCGCAUGAACUACGUCAAGACCUGGUUCGUCAUCGACCUGCUGUCCUGUCUGCCAUAUGACGUCAUCAAUGCCUUCGAGAACGUUGACGAGGGCAUCAGCAGCCUCUUCAGUUCCCUGAAGGUCGUCCGUCUGCUGCGUCUGGGUCGUGUUGCCAGGAAGUUGGACCACUACAUAGAGUACGGUGCUGCGGUUCUAGUUCUGCUGGUGUGCGUGUUCGGGCUGGCAGCCCAUUGGCUGGCCUGCAUCUGGUACAGCAUUGGGGACUACGAGGUGAUUGAUGAGGACACCAACAGCGUGAGAAUGGACAGCUGGCUGUACCUGCUGGGUGAGACGGUGGGGACGCCGUAUCGCUUCAACACCUCGGGCUCGGGCCGCUGGGAGGGUGGACCCAGCAAAGACUCGGUCUACAUCACCUCGCUGUACUUCACCAUGACCAGCCUGACCAGCAUCGGCUUUGGGAACAUCGCCCCCAACACCGAUGGCGAGAAGAUCUUUGCUGUGGCCAUGAUGAUGAUCGGAUCUCUGCUCUACGCCACCAUCUUUGGUAACGUCACCACCAUCUUCCAGCAGAUGUACGCCAACACCAACCGCUACCAUGAAAUGCUCAACAGUGUCAGAGAUUUCCUCAAACUGUACCAGGUUCCCAAAGGCCUGAGCGAACGGGUCAUGGACUACAUCGUGUCCACAUGGUCCAUGUCCCGAGGCAUCGACACUGACAAGGUCCUGCAGAUCUGUCCAAAGGACAUGCGCGCCGACAUCUGUGUCCACCUCAACAGGAAGGUGUUUAAGGAACAUCCGGCGUUCCGCCUGGCCAGCGAUGGCUGCCUGCGAGCUCUGGCCAUGGAGUUCCAGACAGUCCACAGCGCCCCAGGUGACCUCAUCUUCCACGCCGGAGAGAGUGUGGACAGUCUCUGCUUUGUGGUGUCAGGGUCACUGGAGGUCAUCCAGGACGAUGAGGUGGUUGCCAUUUUAGGUAAAGGUGACGUGUUCGGUGACGUCUUCUGGAAGGAGAUGACCUUGGCUCAGUCGUGCGCUAACGUCCGAGCGUUGACCUACUGUGACCUCCACAUCAUCAAACGAGACGCUCUGCAGAAGGUCCUCGAGUUCUACGCCAACUUCGCCAACCACUUUGCCCGGAACCUGCUUCUGACCUACAACCUCCGGAAGAGGAUUAUCUUCCGGAAGAUCAGCGAUGUCAAACGUGAGGAGGAGGAGAUGCUGAAGAGGAAGAACGAGGCUCCUCUGAACCUCCCCCCCGACCACCCAGUGCGACGCCUCUUCCAGCGGUUCCGUCAGCAGAAAGAGGCUCGUCUGGCAGCUGAGCGAGGAAUUCAGGGCAGCAGUGACGUGGAGAAAGGCGCGUCUCACCCGGAGCCAUCCAGGCCGGAAAUCCUGGCUUCCACCAGUAUCAUCAUGGUAACAGAGAGCCCCGCCACACCUACCACCUCAUCCACAUGUUCGUCCGUACGGACCUCAGGACGAAGCAUGCUGCACGCCGCUGCCACACAAAACAGCAACAUGAGCGGCUGUAAGUCAGUGGAACCGCCCAAAGCUAAAGGCUGGGGUCGAUUCAAGGAGUCGGUGGUGAAGGCGGAGUCAUGGAGCAGCGUCUCCAAGGCUGAGUCCAUGGAGACGCUGCCUGAUAGAACUAAGUGUCACGAUGAGGUGUCUCUGAAGAAAACGGAUUCCUGUGACAGUGGCAUCACGAAGAGCGACCUCCGCUUGGACAACGUGGGCGAUGUCCGGACGCCGCAGGAGAGGAGCCCCAUCCAAUCAGAGGAGAAGAGAGUGUUCUGUCCGAUCCCCGAACAGAGCCUCCAGGCCUCGUUCCUGGAGCUGAAGCAGGAGCUACGAGGAGACAUCGGAUCUCUGAACAGUCGCAUGGCAGCGCUGGAGACUCAGCUAGCAGAGAUGCUCCGCCUCCUCAAAUCCAGGAAGUCAUCGGGCUCCUUCUUCGAGAUCUCGCGGCCGCCGUCACCUGACUCGGACAAAGACAGCUUCUCUUAAAGUGGAUCGGCGGAUGGAGGUGGACUGUUCCUGAUGCCGUGACAAGGCCAAUAUCAGAACUUAAACUGCACUUCGGUUGUUCGUUGGUGUCUCUAGGCAAUAACUGAAAGACAACUGGAAACCAGUAACGAACAGAAUAAAGAUCGAUAGCACCUUUGGUCCUCUGGAAGACCUUCACAGAUUAAGGCAAUAACAGCAGAUGGCUUUAACGUUGGCUUUAACCGGAGAUUUCCACUGUGAUGCAGAAGAUACAGAGGUUUUGUUGGGUCUGGUCCUCAAAGCCUGAGACUAGAAUGUCUGCACUCAUCGGUUAAUGGUCAAAUAUAAUAGUUUAAGUGUAGAAGACAACAUGCUGGUGAUGGAGAUGGAACUAAUGAGUUCAUGGUUUGUUCUUCCAGUUCCCUGGUCUCACAGUCAGUGGAUUUAUGGGUAAAUGGGGGAAAUAAGGUCUGUGAUUCAACACAAACUGAGGGUUUUUAUUCUACAACAUAAAAUACACAAGUAAAAACCUCAGUUUGCAGCUUCUACAUGAAGGAGGAUGUUUAGAUGAUCUUCACUGUGUUGACUGUAGAUCAGGUUUGAGGUGACGUCUGAUGUCAGCAGAUGGAGGCUUCACAUUAAUGGUGAACUUGUGUUUUCAUUUUAUUUCUACUUGUGGUUUUCACUUGUGUACUUUAUCUUGUUGAACAAAACGCUGCCUUUCUUAUCUCCAACGAUGCAAACUUGAUCCACAUCCUCUAUGGCUUUGUGUCAAGGGAACCAGGCAAAUGCAGACAUUAAACAUGCCUCCAUGGUGAGGGAGGGUGGAGUCUGGCCCCUCCUCAUGGACCGCCAUUGUUCACAUGUGUAAUUGAUGUUGUGACUAAUCCAGGAUCCCAAACCGAUGCCCAUCUCAUCUUUUCCAUAUUUUUUCAGGUUUGUGGACCGUUGUGGUCAACUGGAAGAGGCGGGUUUAAUGCUACAAAUCGCUGCUCUGUGACUGGUUGUUGGGGCUGUUGUUCACUGACCUCUUACUGUUAAAGCAGGAGGCCUUUGAAUAUCAGGACCAGACUUUGUGCUGAAGCUUGGGGGAUUCUGACAGAACGUCUCAAUGGAAAAGAAACACUGUGCACAGGCUGAUGUUUCAGGUCCUGGACGAAUGCUUUAUUAGAUGCACUGGAAUGAAGGAGCUGAAUCUUAGAUUUUAUAAAACUGCAUGUUUCCAAUGUUUCGUCUUCAGCCCCAAUGGGAUUUAAUGAAUCUGAAUGUGAACAGAACAAUGAUCCAAUGGUUUUGGGUUGGUAGGUAUGAGUCGAUUUGAAGAAAUGUAUCUUAAAAUUCACAUUAUGACUCUUUAAUUUAGGAAUUAAAUAAGGGACGGUCACAUUUAGACCAAACCCCCACCUGAUACUGAAGACAGACAUAUGUCACAUGACCUGAUGAUGGUUAAGGAACCAGUAUAAACCAGUCUGUUGACCUGCGACAUGACGGAAAACAAGUGAAGCCAAAACACAUCCCAUCUUUGUCUUUCGUUUCUUUCUAAAAAUGCUCCAUCAAAGUAUUUCAUUCCAGUUUUCAUUCCUUAAACAAUGUCCUUAAUGUUUAGAACAAAACACCAGUCAUUUACUUAGAUUUUCUCUAUAACUGAUAAACCUCUGAAUAGAAAAUUGAUAAAUCAAACUCAUAUCACACAACAAAUAAAAAACAACCAAGCAGAUUUUAAGUCACUGCUGUACAUUCUCUUCAUCUUUACACAGAUGAAAAUACAUUAAACAUAAAUUUACAGCCACAAAAGUUCAACAUCCUGUGAAACUGAUUAAAACAUACAGUUCAAAUUUGUUAUUUUUCACUCGAUUAGAUGAGUGGGUUUCCCAUUUGCACUGCUGACUGUUUUAUUUAUCAGCACUUAUCAAAUAAUAAAGACUAACAUUAAGUGUCAUGUUUAAUCUGCAGUUAACGUCCAACAGAGAAGGAAGCAACAUCUACUUCCAUCUUCAGCUGCAGAAAAAACCUGCUAAAUUCUUUAUCAGCACUUGUCCGAUCUGACCAGUGGCGUUCCCAGAUUUACUCUCCUGAUGUGGUGUUAGAGCUGAUGGUUUGGAUUCACCUUUCAGGAUGUUAUGUUUAUCAUUGCAUGUUCUCAUGGUCGAAUUAUUCAACAAUCACAUAGUCCCUAAAACAGAGCAAACACUUGUACCGGUUUUUACAGGUUUUACAAAACUAAAGGACAGAGUUUUUCAUCUGGAGACCUGUUAAAUUUUUUCCCUCCUUUACCCUCUCUCUUUUACCCCAACUGGUCAAGGCAGACGACCAUCCUCCAGGAGUCAGGGUCUACUCGAGGUUUCUGCCUGUUAAAAGGAAGUUUUUCCUCACCAC